CAGUUAGUAUGUCGAUGAAGGGGAAUUCAUUUACUUACUGAACAUGGGACAUAAUAUAGUGCUGGUCAUUGUAAUCAGCUUCGCAAUAGGGCUCGUGGUGGCAGUGGACGAACAUUGGUGGCAACAUGCCAACUUUUAUCAGAUUUAUCCCCGAUCGUUCAAAGACAGCGACGGCGAUGGGGUUGGUGAUCUUCGUGGUAUUAUGGAGAAGGUGAGCUACCUCAAAAAGGAUCUCGGACUCGACGCGAUCUGGCUAUCACCAAUUUUCAAAUCUCCUAUGGCAGAUUUCGGAUAUGAUAUCUCAAACUUUACGGAUAUUCAUCACGAAUUUGGAACGAUCGCUGAUUUGGAGAACCUUGCUCAGGAGUGUAAACGGCAGAACCUGAAAUUGAUUCUAGAUUUCGUGCCAAAUCACAGCAGUGAUGAACAUCCAUAUUUCACUAAGUCGGAAAAGCGAGAAGCUGGUUACGAGGAUUAUUAUGUGUGGCAUCCGGGAAAAAUGGUUAACGGAAAGCGUGAACCGCCAUCAAACUGGAUUAGUGUUUUCCGUGGAAGUGCUUGGCAGUGGAGUUCGGUGCGUGAAGAAUACUAUUUACAUCAGUUCGUAGUCAAGCAGCCUGAUCUUAACUAUCGUAGUGCGAAGGUUGUAGAAGAUAUGAAAAACGUUCUCAGAUUUUGGCUCGAACGCGGUGUAAGUGGGUUUAGAGUUGACGCCUUGCCGUAUUUGUUCGAGAGUGAAAUGGUCAAUGGAGUAUACCCCGAUGAACCGAAAUCUAACGAUACCGACGACCCAGACAAUCCGACAUAUCUGUUGCAUCCAUAUACGCAGAAUUUGGAUGAAACUUUCGACAUGGUAUACCAGUGGCGCGCGGUAUUGGACGAGUUCAAAGCAUCGAAUCAUUUAGAGGAAGAUUUGAUUCUAAUGAUUGAAGCUUACACACCUUUAGAAAACAUCAUAAGACUGUAUGGAGAUGCAGAGCAUGUAGGUGCUCAAAUUCCAUUUAACUUUGAAGUUCUGAGUAACAUUUUCAAAGAAAGUACAGCAAAAGAUUUCUACACCUACGCUAUGAGAUUCUACAAUGCCCUUCCGGUAGAUCAGUUUGCAAACUGGGUGCUCGGCAAUCAUGACAAUAAACGUGUUGCUUCCCGAUUGGGCGUUCAACGUGCCGACUUGUACACAAUUGCGCUCAAUACUCUACCGGGCAUAGCGGUGACCUACAACGGCGACGAACUGGCCAUGGAAGACGUGUACAUCCCUUGGGAAGAUACCGUGGAUCCUGCUGCGUGCAAUUCAAACCCAAGGGACUUCAUGCUGUAUACCCGAGAUCCCGUUAGAACACCAUUCCAGUGGGACGAUUCUGUCAGUGCCGGUUUCUCCACCAAUCCCAAAACGUGGCUGCCAGUUUCACCCUACUACAAGUUGAACAACUACAAACUGCAGAAAUCCGCACCCAGAAGCCAUGUGAAAAUUUUCAAAUCCCUCGUGAGGCUUCGCAAGCAGAGAACCUUGAGGGAGGGGACUUUCGAUAUCAAACUGAUUGAUGACAAUCUGCUUGCCUACAGGCGAGAACUUGAGAACGUCAGCACGAUCGUUGUAAUUUUGAACUUCCACAAAUCUGCUCGAACUGUAAAAUUGUCCGACGCAUUCGAUGGUUUACCGUUAGAGUUUGAAAUCAUAACAUCUUCACUGCAGACGAACUAUGUUGAUGGCUCAGUUUUAGAACGGGAUCAAAUCGUACUACCAGCCGAGGCCGGCAUAGUCCUGGAAGGCAAUGUGAAGUAUGGUGUUUAGAUUGCUCAGCGAAAAUAUACGAUUAUUGUUAUUGCUUUUCAAAUGUAUAUGUUUUGUUGCAAAAUUUUAAGAAUACACCAAAAGAUUUUAAAAAUU